AUGCAGACGGAAGUCCAAAAAAACGGCUUAGAGGAGGAGGAGUCCUCUAGACCAAUUAAGAGACGUGCCCGAAUCGCAUGUAUUCAUUGUCAACUCCGCAAGGUCCGAUGCAAUGUUUCGGUGCAUGGCAUGCUUUGUGUUAACUGCAGACUGGAUGACCAAGAUUGUACCGUCAUACCAAGGGCACAAAAACGGUUUCCCUGUCCAGGGUUAAAUUUCUUAACACCUCGAUUGAAUCAGCGGCAACCGCGGCAGACACCGAUGUCUUUACCUCUAAUCCAAACUUCCAGCACUCAACAACCGUCCGACUCUGAAUUGCAAGACAAUUCGGCCCAACCUGUUGUUCAGGAAAGUGUUAAUCCGGCAAAAACAUCCAUUGCACAUGAUCUUGUCAGGCCACUAGCUGAAUUGUUAGACACGAGUCGGCAGGAAACUCUACAUUCGAAUCAGUCUUCAUCUAAUGUUGAAACUACAAGUCCAUCUUCCGGCUCGACACGGUCCGGUGGACUUUCAUCGGGGAAAGCUGAUAUACUGCCCAUUUAUGAGGGCUGUGCAAUUUCCUUGGCUUCUUCGACGCAUAUGAGCGACACAUUUGUUCAUUUUUCCCAUUAUCAAUGCAUCGAGGCAUAUAACCUAGCUCGUGUCGAACCUUUCGCUGCUUCACUUCUUGAGGAGCUAGGAUUGUUUAUUAGGCACUACUUCUUAUACAUCCAUCCAGUACUCCCCGUUAUGGAUGAGAUGGAAUUUCUGGACAUGUUCUGUACAAACACCGUACAACCACCUUCUCAAAAGCGAGUGCCGCUCUUCCUUCUUCAAGCCAUACUCUUUCUCGCUAGCUCGUUGCUGCUGACGUAUCACGAACCUUUCACCAGUGAUGGAGUCAGUGCUUUCUGGUUAAGCCAAGCAGUUGAUUACUCAAGAAGAGCUGGAGCUCAUCUAUAUACCCAGAUGGAAGAUGAUUCACGUGAGAAGAUAUUUCUAAAACGUCUAUGGUGGUGUUGCAUAUUGCGCAACCGGAUUAUGGCAUUGGUAUUACGACAAAGACCACAAAUCAAGUCCACGGACUUUGAUUUCUCCCUACCAGGACCGAGCCAAGACGAUUUCGCGGAUGAGAUGGGAUGUUCCAUGGUAUAUGACAGAACCACAAAAGUAAACCUAGUACACCUUUUCGGAGUGCUCUGUGAACUGGCCGUCAUACUCAAUGAUAUUCUUGAACCGAACCAUGAAGAAAUGAGGCGGUGGUCCUGUGAGCUCGAUAUAUGGUACAAACGAGCUCUCGAUAGAUUUGGAGUCCUAACAUCCGUUCCUGAAGCCCAUGAGUCUCUAAUCCUCUUCACAAAUAUGAUAUGCAUAUACUACAACACCGCGAAGGCUUUUGUGUGCCAUCAUGACCUUCUGCUCCUAACGGUUCGAGACAAGAAUCAAGAGAACCAGGAAGGCCUUCGAUUUCAAGCUCAGAUGAGUAUGAUUGCAUUCCUACGUAGCAUAACUGAUAAUCUAUUUGAAUUGGAGCACAUGGUGACUACACUUCCAUUGUACGUCAAUGGAACUAACACUCUUAGUAUCGGCGUCUCUGCUUUCCCAUUUAUCUGGUACUUGCUUGAUAUGAGAUCAAAGUCCCUUACACUAUCACGCAAGACUCAAAGAGGGUUGGAAGUAUACAUCAAUAUCAUGUGGCGAUUCCGAUCACGUUUUGAAAAUACUAACGACGUAAUUUUAAGUAUCAAAAGGACUAUGGAUUAUAUCCAGACUAAUGAAGGACCGGCACCGGCUUUCACUAGUCCUACUCACCAAAGCCGAAGGCAUGUAAUAACAGCACCGACGCGAAGCUUGCUCAUAAGAGACGAAUUGACUGACAUAUUUCUUAAAGACCCAUUGGCAUUUCUUCGGAUCUCAAUCACCGUGGAAUCCUCUCUAUCACGCGGACGAUUCCCUUCUGAAGCUGACUUUCCGGAAGAAUUGCGCGCAAUUCAACAACAAUAUGAGGUACCCGACCUUGCUUUCUUAGCAAAUAUAACUGAGGGUAUGUGGUGGGCGCACUUACAAGAAGUGUUGGAUGCAGGCGUCAGAGCUUAA